UUCGUCAGUGAACAAGCAUGAUUUGCAAGUGAAAUAAACAGAUGAUGCUGCUGAAUGCUCAUAACACUGUUUAUGAACAUAUACGAACUGGCUCUCUUCAGGCCCCAGAAGAUGGGAAUGAUGUCUUUGAUCAAGUGGAGUUUCUUGUUGUCAGCAGCUCUGACGUUCUUUCACCCUCACGUCUCAUCUCAAUCCUGUAAAAAGUAUAUUUUCAUAACCGACUUCAACUCUUCGUAUGUGGGAGCUACUAAUUUAACUUCAGCAUGCAACUUCAGCUCCUACCCACAAAACCAGAGUCUGCCAACGGCUUUUCCCUGGAUCAUGAAUCAGUGUUUCAUGAAUUUGUCAAAACUGGGAAUCUGCUCCAUCGGAAUAUCUGACUACACCUGGAAUGUGACGACACCUAAAGAGAAAUAUGAAAUCUAUUUGAAUGACAUUUCUGGACUUACUGUACGAUUUAUACUAAAUGCUUCUACACUACUGCCAUCAGUGACUUACACUAAUGCAGGUUAUCCCAUAAGUGCCCCACUCUGCGAAGAAAUCCCUAAUAACCAAGGACAAUGUGCAGGAAGAAACAGCAAUUACAUUGUUCAUGUUCAACAAAAUCAAAGUAUAUUUUGCUGGCGCUGCACUCCCCCAACUCCAAGUCCAUCCAGUUCAUCACCUGGCAAGAGAAGCAUUUCGGAAGCAGUACAGACCAUGGAAAACCUCAAAUUACUUGUGAGAUCAAUGAAUACAAGCAGUUUACCAAUUACAGUAGGAAAGGCUACAGGCCUUAUUCAAAAACAAGACAAAGAUACAAAUGUCAACAUAGGAUAUACCCAAAAUCAGAAGAUGGAGACUGUGAAUGACACUUUGCAGGAGACAGAAUUGCUAUGGUCUGUAAAAAUUCCAGUGGAAGCGCUUAAUAUGGCACGUUCCGCGUUUAAUGGAACACCGUUUGUAGGAGUUGUGCUGUUUCCUGACCUUGAUACGAGUGGUGUGAGUGUUUUGAAAGAUGAGAUUUUUGGAAUAUCAAUGGGCGUCAAUAUCACAAAUCUCACUGCCACCAUAGACAUCUACUUCAGGCUUCAGGAAAAGAAUAACAGUAUUAUGACGUGCAAUUCUUGGGAUGGUACAGAAUAUGAUGAAAAAAAGAAACCCAAAUGGACCACAUCUGGCUGUGUCACAAACAUUACCGGCAAGACGAUAAAAUGCAGUUGCACUCACCUGACCUUCUUUGCAAUAUUGAUGGCACCACCAGACCAAACCAUUUCAAGUGAAGAUGUAACAUCACUAACCUAUAUCACCAGCAUUGGUUGUGGCUUGUCCACAUUUUUCCUUCUCGCGUUCCAAAUCCAGGCUAGGCACAACAAUCCUGAUGCAUCUGUUUGUGGCAUUGUGCCUUCUAAACAUAACCUUCUUGUCCAACCAGCAAGUAACAAACACAAAUAA